AGACAAUGAGGGAGGGUCUCUGCCGACCGCCUGCUGCUUAUUGUUCCGGCACUAGAGGCUGCAGCCUGUAGCCGCCUCCUCCUCUAGGGCUUCGCUCCUCUUUCAUCCCUCGGUCUCACUUGGGACCUUCCGAGUGCCCCAGCGCUGUCCCCCGGGGCGCCGGGACGCCAGUCCCAGCCGCAGCCGCCCUUUGCUGACCGCCCUCUCUCUGCUUUGCAGGUUGGCAGCUUUGCGCCCGAGGGUGUCGCGAGCCGAGGCGUUGAGGACCGAGCGCCUCUGGCCCAGCCAGCCGGGCGGGAUGCGGCGAGGGCUGCAGCGCUAACCGCCCCCACGCUGGGCACUGGGCGUACGCGCUCCGGGCUGCAGGCGGAGCGGCGGCGGCGGCGGCGGCGGCGGCGGCGGCGGCGGAGGGGAUGCGCCCGGGACGCGCAAGGCUCCUGCCGCGAGCUGCCAACCCGAGGUGGACCCUAAGGGCUCAUCGCAGGACCGCGCGGACCCCUGCCCUCCGGGGCACGCGGCUGAGGAGCCUCGGGGCCGCGUCUGCGGUCAGGAUGCUCUGGGCACCUCCCUGCUGGUGAGGAUGCCCUACUGCGCGGCUCCGCAUCCCCAGCCCCGGUCCCUGGUGGGCACGACUGCCUGGGCCCGGCUUCGGCCCCUCCUGCCGGUGGAUGAAAAGGGCCGGAGUCCUUGAGUGCGACCGGCUAUCGAAUCUGAAUUCUAAGAGCCAUGGAAGGAGGCACUGGGCUGCAGCCCCAGGCGACAGAGCAGCUGGAGGCCAGCGCCAGAGUAGGAGCGGUCCAAGAGAAGUGCGAACCCGAGACCUUUAGGUCCAAGAGUUUACCCGCCCUGAACAGCGCCUCCUGCAGGCCAGACCUGAAUCCUGCCGGAGAAGACUCCAAGCCCGCCUCUGGCCAUCAGGAGUUGAAGCCAGGCCCUGGCCCGCGGGCCCCCAGCCCCUCCGCCCCGUCUACUUCGGCAGAGAUGGCAGGGCUGGUGGAAAGUCACCACAGGGUGGAAAUCGGCAAACCCAUAUCGGUGUCCUCCACUUUGGCCAUGCUCCAGGGCAGAAGGUGCCUCUAUGUGGUCCUCACCGAUUCCCGUUGUUUCCUGGUUUGCAUGUGCUUUCUGACCUUCAUCCAGGCGUUAAUGGUCUCCGGGUACCUGAGCAGUGUCAUCACCACCAUCGAAAGGCGCUACAGUCUGAAGAGUUCCGAGUCAGGGCUGCUGGUCAGCUGCUUUGACAUCGGGAGCCUGGUGGUGGUAGUGUUCGUCAGCUACUUCGGCGGCCGGGGGCGGCGGCCCCUGUGGCUGGCCGUGGGGGGACUCCUCAUUGCCCUGGGGGCCGCCCUUUUCGCUUUACCUCACUUCAUCUCGCCCCCCUACCAGAUCCAAGAGCUGAACGCCUCGGCGGCCAACUACGGCCUGUGUCAGAAUGGCAACUCCUCGGCCACGACGGAGCCUCCCACCUGCCUCAAGGACUCGGGGGGAAACAGUCACUGGGUCUAUGUGGCUUUAUUCGUUUGUGCGCAGAUUCUCAUUGGAAUGGGCUCCACACCUAUUUAUACCCUGGGACCAACCUACUUAGACGACAAUGUCAAGAAAGAAAAUGCAUCCUUGUACCUAGCCAUCAUGUAUGUCAUGGGAGCACUUGGUCCUGCAGUGGGAUAUUUAUUAGGUGGACUUCUUAUUGGUUUUUACGUUGAUCCCAGAAGUCCCAUUCACCUUAAUCAGGAUGACCCUCGUUUCAUUGGAAACUGGUGGAGUGGAUUCCUCCUUUGUGCCAUUGCAAUGUUUCUUGUGAUAUUCCCAAUGUUUACUUUUCCAAAAAAGCUUCCUCCUCGACACAAGAAAAAGAGAAAGAAAAAAUACUCUGCUGAUGUUGCGGGUGACGAUGACGUUAUGAAGGAGAAAACAAACAAUUGUGAAGAAGUGGACAAAAAAGUUUCUUCUAUAGGAUUUGGAAAGGAUGCCAGAGACCUACCAAGAGCAGCUGUCAGGAUCUUAAGCAACAUGACAUUCCUUUUUGUGAGUUUGUCAUACACAGCUGAGAGUGCCAUUGUAACUGCUUUCAUUACCUUCAUUCCCAAGUUCAUCGAGUCACAGUUUGGUAUUCCAGCUUCCAAUGCCAGCAUCUACACUGGCGUCAUCAUCGUCCCCAGUGCCGGCGUUGGGAUUGUCCUUGGAGGCUACAUCAUAAAAAAAUUGAAACUUGGUGCGAGGGAAUCUGCAAAACUAGCGAUGAUCUGCAGUGGUGUGUCUUUACUGUGCUUUUCAACCCUGUUUAUUGUUGGAUGUGAAAGUAUCAAUCUAGGUGGCAUAAACAUCCCGUAUACAACAGGACCUUCUCUGACCAUGCCUCAUAGGAAUCUGACAGGAAGCUGCAAUGUGAAUUGUGGUUGUAAAAUACACGAGUAUGAGCCAGUCUGUGGAUCGGAUGGAAUUACAUACUUUAACCCUUGUCUGGCUGGCUGUGUUAAUAGUGGUAACAUGAGCACUGGGAUACGGAAUUACACAGAGUGCACCUGUGUCCAAAGCCGCCAAGUGAUCACGCCUCCCACAGUGGGGCAGCGCAGCCAGGUCCGCGUGGUUAUUGUCAAAACGUAUCUCAAUGAGAACGGCUAUGCUGUGUCGGGGAAGUGUAAACGGAGCUGUAACACCCUCAUCCCGUUCUUAGUUUUUCUGUUCAUAGUGACCUUCAUCACAGCAUGUGCCCAGCCAUCAGCCAUCAUAGUAACUCUCAGCAUACAUUCCUACUCCAAUUUACUUUGGAGCAGUUAUUGACACCACCUGCAUGCUGUGGCAACAGGAGUGUGGCGUGCAGGGCUCUUGCUGGGAGUACAAUGUCACAUCAUUUCGUUUUGUCUAUUUUGGUUUGGCAGCUGGCCUCAAACUUGUUGGCUUCAUUUUUAUUUUUUUGGCCUGGUACUCCAUUAAAUACAAGGAGGAAGAGCUACAGAGGCAGAGGUGGAGGGAAUUCCCACUGAGCACUGUGAGUGAGACGGUGGGCCACACCGACAGUGCCGAUAAGUCUGUCCGGACUAGAUCCUGCCCAGCUUUCAGCACCCAGGGAGAAUUCCACGAAGAGACUGGUCUGCAAAAAGGGAUCCAGUACACAGCACAGACCUAUCCGGGGCCCUUCCUAGAAGCAAUAAGUUCCUCCCCAGACCAGGGGCUGGAAGAAAGCCCUGCUGCCAUGUAGCCUCCCUUCUGAAGCUUGAAAAUGGAAGACUUUUGUUGGUUGAGUUGACUAUGGUGACUCGAGAAACACCCGUGCCUUCUUUUCUUUCUUUCUUUUUUUAACCUCUAAAGACACAAUCCUCAAACCAACAAAACUCAGUAUACACAGCCACUGUUGAUUGAGGGCUGGAUACCUCAACAAGACUGAGCCUUUCCCCCCCUUCUCUCCAAGAAGAAGGAGUUUAGAUAGAUUUGUUACCAUUUCUGAGUUAAUUUUGACGCUAAUGCUCCAAUAUGGUAUACGGCUGGGUGCACGACUAACACAAUCAUGGGAAGUGUGAUGGCGGUGCGUAUCAUUAGCGUGCGCUCUGAACAAGGGUGAGCUUGACCAUGAUUUUGCAUUGACAAAGCAAAGGGUUUAGAUGUGAACACCUACUGUGAGUCCUGCUACAAAGCACAAAUGAAUUUGCCUCAACUAUGCAAUUUGAUUGGGAAACUGUAAGUGCAGCCUGUUACUUUUGGUGUCAGAGACUAAAGCAGAUACGGUUCUGAAAUUAGGAAGCUAAACUUGCCCUAAAGUACUGUUAAUAGCAUUGUAAGCCAUAGCAGAGCUAAAAAUCAGGUAGAACUUUUCAAAUGCUUCAAAGGAACCUUAAACGUAGCGUGAAAAUGGGAACAGCUACUUCGUUUCAUAAGACACAUUCUCUUUUAGUCUAUCUGCCCCACCGUAAAGGAGUUAAAGAAGCUGCUGAAUCAUGAACCUGAGAGCUUGAAUAUCAACUUCAGGAUUCUUUCAUAAGGGGUUUUAACACUCGUGUGCUAAACAAUAUGGCUAGAAACUGUCAUUUGAGAUGCAUAAUAAGGAAAGAAACUGAUGGCUUUCUCAUCCAAAGAAAAUUGCUGCAGAAAUUCUUUUAGUUUUUUGUUUUUUAGUAUAAAUUUAUUUAUUUAUUUUCGGCUGUAUUGGGUCUUCGUUGCUGCAUGCGGGCUCUCUCUAGUUGGCAACGAGCGGUGGCUACUCUUCGUUGCGGUGUGCGGGCUUCUCACUGCGGUGGCUUCUCUUGUUGAGGAGCAUGGGCUCUAGGCGCACGGGCUUCAGUAAUUGUGGCUCACAGGCUCAGUAGUUGUGGCUCGCGGGCUCUAGAGCGUAGGCUCAGUAGUUGUGGCGCACGGGCUUAGUUGCUCCGCGGCAUGUGGGAUCUUCCCAGACCAGGGCUCCUGUGUCCCCUGUGUUGGCAGGCGGAUUCUCAACCACUGCGCCACCAGGGAAGCCCUCUUUUAGCUUUUAAGGACCCACAUAAGGGUUGUUGAGGAUUGUAACCUUGACACUCAAAAUAGUUGGAAAAAGAAAUCCCACACAAGUAAGACUGAGUCUCACCUGACCAUUUUACUUAUAUACCUGGAAGCACUAGCCCAUGUGUAGCUUUCUUUUUUAUGUGCAGAAAAUUGCUGCAGUCACUCUGAAAUGAUGUCAUUUCAUCAGGAAGAUCACCUUGAACACAGGAGGAGGGAGAUCUGUGAGCUGGAUUUAGGUUAUGAUCCCAAGUAAUGGUUAAAAAUUAUGUAAAAUAAACUGGUCUGUCGUACUGAAUCCUACCUUAUCUGAAUCAUUUUAUACCUCCAUUUAAUUCCUUUCUACUGUAACCUGCUUGAAGUGGCUCUGAGAGAGGAUUUUUCUGUUCCUCUCUGGAGGAUGGAUGGUGUUCAACAUCCAUCAUCCUUGUCAGUACCUCCCGGCACAUCACUUUGAUUUAGAUGCUACACAGAAUGUUUUCUCUAUGGUCCUUCAGGUCGAUGCCUCCUGACGGCACUGUGGACUGAUAGCAAGUUAACUCAUGGAAUCUGGCUGCUCAGAAAAGGAAUCGUGACAACUCAGACUUAGGAGGGACUAUAACGUACAAAUAUCAAUACGAUUGUGGACGGUGUCUGCCAAUGAGCCUGUGCUUCUGUAAGACUAAUUUGGGAAAUGGUUUCCUUGGCAGAUUUACAGUCUUCCACAGAAGGGAUGAGACUGACCCAUGAUUCUGGCUUUUUGCCCUCCAUCCAUGGCUGCAUAGGUGGAGUUGUGUGAAUAGUCCUGGGUUCAAGGUUGUCUCCUUCUCUACCUAGGAAUGUCAUGGGUCAAAUGGUUCUCUUGGUUGCAUGCAGUUUAUGGAGAGGGUUCUCAUUGUUAGACCAAAUAAUGUCCACGAGGGGUGGAGUCAGUGGUCCCAGGUGACAAGGACUUCCCUCGGGCAGACUUGUUCGGCUAAGUCAUGAGGAGCAUCGUUGCCUGUAAUUACACUGUGUCUGUCAAACUGGUCAACUUGGUGUAGUUUGAAGGUCUUCAGAGAAUUUUGCUGACUGUCUUCUUGUCUACUCUGGGGGCUUAGUGAUCCCCUUUACCCUUUGUGGGAGAUCUUUAAUCCUUUAGAAGAGAAAGUUUCCUUUUGUGUUGGAGCUAAAGAUAUGUAGAUUGGGAAUAGGUGUUUUCUUAAUUUUCCUCUGAUGGUUAAGAAACUGCAUUGAGAGAAUUUUAGUGGGAUUGGCCCUUUUUUUUUUUUUUUUGUAACUAAGAUUGUGUGUUCCAACACUCUUAGAAUUUCUCUCUUCUUAGUAGCACAUUUUGAAAAGGAGCUCCUCUUAGAAAUCUACGACCUGAAACGAUGGACUCAUCAGGUGUAAUUAGAGACCCCCCUCCCCCUUCUCUACCAUGAACAGUCAUCCAGUUCAGCCAUCGCUGACUGAGCACCAUUUCCCUGUCAGGGACCAUUUUACCCAAUUACCAUCUGCCAAUCUAUGAAAUCCUUUGGGUUGAUUAGGCCAUGAUUCAAAGAAAUUGGCCUGAACUGUACACCACAAUGUUAGUAUUGUACUUCCUCAAGUAUCUGGUACUUACAAAUAGCAGGUAUAUCAUUACUGUGUUGUUGGUGAACGUAGAAUAAGUGGUAAAAAUCUUGGGGGACUGACAUUUUGGAAUAUGUACCAAAUAAGAGCUGUCCCCAAAAUGCUUUGGGUUCUGGUGGCAUCAUUGGACUAUUACAUAGUCAACUGAAGUGACUACUUGAUAGAUGACACCAUUUAAUUGUAUAUAUAUAUGGGGUCCUUAUAUGCUUGAUAAUAAAUUGGUCGUGUUACUUUAGAGUCACCACUCCUGUUAAAAGUUUAAUUGCCACUCUCUGUUAGCUUAGGCUUCUAUUUACUUAUUUUUUUGGAAAGGUCACCUUCUUCUUUUUAAAACUCUAUAGAUGAAUGUAUUAUUUGACUUUAAUACGCAAAUAUAAUAUCCUGAGUCUAGCGUGUUAAUUUAGAAACCCCAGGGGGUGGAGUGGACGGUUAGUACACAUUAUUCUGGUUAUCUUCUGUAGCUUGAAAUCCAUAUCCUUUGUAGGUGGAUGUAACUCUUGAAAACAGUCAAAAGUCAUUCAGAACUAGGGUAGGGGAAAGAAAGGAGCAGCAGAGAGGAAACAAAUUAGCAUCUGUUGAAUGUUGACUAUUGGCAGAGUGUUUUUGUCAAGCGCUUAAUAUACAUCAUGCAUUUAAAUCCUCUUAAUAACUUUGCAAGAUAACUAUUUUUAUUGUUUUUCUUUUUUUAAAACAGAUCAUGAAAACUGAGGCUCAGAGAGUUAGUGUGAUUUGUUUAGGAUUGUACAUAGUGGCCAAGUCAGGGUUCAGACACAUGUUUCUCUAUUGUGCACUUCUUACGCUACAUAAUGCUGGACAGUAGUUUUGGUUAACAUAGGUAAGAUGUGACUCUAAGAUAGUGAGGUGAAGCAUUUCAUUUUUUGAUGUGUUACUGUUUCUGAAGAGUAGUUAUUAUUUCCUUGUGUAAAACAAAAAAAAAUCUGUAGGAAACGUCAAAAUUUAAUGUUUUGAUUUUCAAGGUAAAUUUACACUUAUUUACCGAAGUCUUAUAUUCACAAUUGUUCGUCCUAACAUACCUCAAGUAUUUAUUUAGAGUUCCUAUUUAAUAUAGAACAAAUCCAAUUUUAAUGUUAACAUUUAGUCUCAGUAGAGUUUCUGAAAUGAAUCUUAAUGAGGAAAGGUAGUUCAGAUUUGUUGAAUCUGAGUUUGGGGGAUUUCAAGUGUAUGCUUUUCCCUCCCCCCCUUUCAGAAUGUUAACAUUUAUAUUAGUUUUUUUAAGUGACUAUAGCUUUUAAGUUUCUUAAUAAAAGUUUUAAAUGGACACAUACAAAGUGUUGCAUGUUCAGUGAACAGAUAAGUGUUGUAUGUUAUAAACCAAACCACAAUCCCAUUGUUCCUGAUUGGUACCAUUAGUAGCUGCAGGAAAAAACAGGAAUCUGUGCCUAGAAAUGUCAGCUUACCUGCAGAAGGUAAUGGCAGCCCUACCUUUUUACCAACCACCAAGACACUUCUCCCUUAGUCUGCAUUUCCAGCUUGCAUUGUUUGGUGGACUUGGAGCCUGUUUCUUUUUGGAGCCUGUUUUGUAUCAACUACAAGUGCACAAAAGGGAAGAGAAGCUUCAUAGUUUGAAUGGACCUGAAGCAUUUGCAGAGAUUCUCUAGUUGUGCCCGGGAGCAGCAGGAGAGGCCAAGCCUGGAGUGGUAGCCAGUUAUACUCUGUGACGUUGUGUGCACUUCAAACAUCCUAAGUGGCACAGAAAUAUGAACGUAACUAUUGAUAUAUAGGUGCAUACUGAGUAGUCUAAGUAGCAGAUAGAUAUCAAAAUACAGCAUAAUUCCAGAAUUGCCUAGACUGCAGUUUUGCUAAUUCUGUUAAUACAGACUGGUAGAUAUCCUUUACACACACAUAUGGGCAUUUCCUCUUUCAUGGAACGGAAGGGAGUGCCAUGGCUGGUAAGGCGAAGUUCGUGGCCUCGCGCACUUUAUCUUUUCUGUCUUCUCUCCUUUCCUUACCUUCCAGGAUGCUGCUGGGAUCUGUCCCAGACUUCUUGCCACAUAGGAGUCAGAUCUGUGUAUGUUUGAAGAGGUUAUUUUAAGCACUUCGUUUUUACUCAGCCCUAGGAAGGGUCAGAUAUGACGAAAACCCUCCCUGGGUAUUUGCUUUUGCAACAUUAAAAAAUAAAUGCCUCGGUGCUAAAAGUAUUUGAUGAUGCAUGCUCACCGCAACAAUGCACCACUGAAUUCACAGUAUUUCACUGAUAGGGGGCGGCAUGUGCUUUGCUUUUGGAAAUCUGAAGAACUACUCAGAAAACAAGCGCUUAUUACUCUCGUUACUACAGUUAAUCCAUGAACUUUACACUGCAAAAAUGGAGUGUAAGGGUGAAUACUUUUCUACGGAAAACUCAGCGCUUUUGAUAUUUAUUUAAGCAAGAAUAAUCAGAUGCUACAAAGAAUUUCAGAGAGAGGGGAAAAUAUAUUUCAGAUAAUCUUUUCCUAUUUCUUCUCCAAAAAAACCUUACGCCCAUGUAAGGUGUUUUUAAUAUUGAGGUUUUGAAGGUGUUGUCUUUUUCUGUUACACUGUUACAUAGUAAAAUUGAAGGAGAAGAUAUUAUUGAAAACUAAAGUAAUUGCAGGGACAUUUUAAACCAAAGGGGUGAACAAAACAAGUUUAAAGUUUGUAUGUAGAAAUGAAAACUAAGGAUAAUUGGUAAGGUAUUAUAGUGGGCAUUUUUCUUAAAAUACAUACCUCUACCCCAAAUAUUAAUUUAGAAACAUGAAACAGGCAGGUCAGCCUCUAACUCUUUAGUUAAAGGAAAUGUAAUACUGUGUCAAAUAAACUGGCAUUAGGAUCCUAGUGGAGUGUGUGUUCAGCGUGUGUGUUUUUGUGUGUAGGGCUGUGCUUGUGAUGAAAGGCUGUUUUGAGUUGUUGUGUAAAGGAGUUUGAUUUUGUGAUUUUUAAAAUGAAUAUUUAUUUGGAGACCUCUUAGGGUAAUGAGAAAGAUGUAUAAUUCCUGUGUUUAAUGAAAUCUAUUGUCAAUGUACUAAUAAACCUUGGUUUAUAACAUCUUGAAUACUUGAUCAUUGAAAGUUCAGAAAAAAAGUAAAAAAAAGAAUAAAGUGUGUUGGAUUGAAAUUAGUUUGUCUCUUAGGAUUUUUGUUGUUUGAAGCGAUGAAGAAGUAAUGAUGUGAGUGUUUUCUCCCACUAUAAUGACACAGGGGUUUACUGGGA